AGCGGCGGUACAUAACACAAAACUAGUGGCCAAUAAUACCGCUACUAACUGCGGCUAAAAUAAACACUGCAAUAUACCUAAGGCAUGACCACGGCAUUUCGUCUCAGUUCACGGCCUAGCUCGGCUGAGUGAGGGAGUUUUGGUUCAUCUUUUCAUUCGUCGGUGUCAGUGUCGUCAGUGAUAGUUUUGUGUGUUUUCCCAAAAAUAGGCAAUAAAUUCAUUAGCGCCGAUUUUUUUCUCUGAUUUGAACGAACUUUCGACUUUUCACCGCAAACGACAGGUGCGGUUGAGACGACGACAAAUUGUUAUCAGUUUCAGCAUGACAUUGCACUAAGUGCGAGCAAGCAACUUUUGCCACUUCAUAAAAUCGCAUGACCAGUGGAAUAUUACGUCAAGGCAGCUGGUUUUGUCAAAGAAACAAAAAAAAAACAAUCCAGGCAGUCGAUCUAUCAUAGAAAUUCAUUGACGGCGUCAAGUACGCGUGCGGCAAUAAUUAGUAGGCGCUGACGGCGGGCACUUCCGUCAACAAAACUUGCCAAGAUGAGCGCCGCAAUGGCCAUCGUGAUGGUCUUCGUGGGAUGCUGCAGCAAUGUGGUGUUCCUGGAGCUGCUGGUCAAGGUCGAUCCCGGUUCGGGCAACCUGAUCACGUUCCUGCAGUUCCUGUUUAUCGCCCUGGAGGGCUUCCUGUUUACGUCCAAGUGCGGCACGGUUAAGCCGCGGAUCGGCCUCAAGGACUACACCAUCCUGGUGGCGAUGUUCUUCGUGGCCAGCGUGUGCAACAACUACGCGUUCGACUUCAACAUCCCGAUGCCGCUGCACAUGAUCUUCCGGGCAGGGUCGCUGAUCGCCAACAUGAUCAUGGGGAUCAUCAUUCUGCGGAAGCGGUACGCCUUUUCCAAGUACCUGUCGGUGGGCAUGAUCACGCUUGGGAUCGUGGUUUGUACGAUCGUUUCCGGGAAGGACGUAAAGAGCACCCAGGUGGUUGAGAACGCCGAAGAGGAGGACCCGGUGCAGGUGUUCUUCUGGUGGACGGUCGGAAUCACGUUGCUGACGUUGGCGCUGUUCGUGUCAGCCCGGAUGGGACUCUACCAGGAAGUGUUGUACAAACGCUACGGUAAACACCCCAAGGAAGCCCUGUUCUACACUCACCUGCUGCCACUGCCGUUCUUCCUGAUCCUGACCACCAACAUCUGGGAGCACAUCAAGCUGGCCAACGCAAGCCCGCUCUACGACGUCCCACUGCUCAAUAUUGGCGUUCCGAUCACGUGGCUCUACCUGCUCGGCAACGUCCUCACCCAGUACGUGUGCAUCAGCUCGGUGUACGUCCUCACGACGGAAUGCUCCUCGCUGACCGUGACCCUGGUAGUGACGCUGCGCAAGUUCGUUUCGCUGCUCUUCUCGAUCGUGUACUUCAACAACCCGUUCACCAUCUACCACUGGAUCGGAACGCUGCUCGUGUUCACGGGGACGAUCAUCUUCACCGAGGUGGUGGACAAGGUUCGCCAGGCCGUGGCUGGGCCCGCCAAGGCGCAAGUUGAGAAGAAGGUUGACUAAAAGGUUUUCAGGGUUUAUUUUAGUUGGCGGAUUGUUUCGAUGAAAAGUACUAAAAGUUUCAAUAGGUUUUUAUUUAGCUCAAAGAGAUUUCCAACGACGAAAUUGAACUAAAAAAUACAAGCUCUUUCAAAUUAGGUAGUUUAAAUGAUCAAGUCCGUAUCACGCACUUCAUUGUUGAGUAAGUAUUAGUUUAUUUUUGUCAUUUUAUAACUGAUCGAAUAAAGUUGUGUUCGUCGUGGAGUUUGCAAGUGGAGAUGCAGUUUUGUACGUACAAUGUAAGAAUCAGCUAGAUUCGCCGUUUUCUACACCAACCAUUAGAAUUAGUGCAAUAAAGAGUAAUUGAUUUGAAAUGA